GCGCAGAGCGCCGCACCUCCCAGCAUAAUAAACUGAGUCGUUUACGAAAUUUAAAGUGAACACUGAGUUGUAAGGAAAAAAGAAAGCGUCCCGUGAAGAGUGAAGAGAUGAAGUUUCCUGUGGAUCUCCUGGCUGAUGUUAGCCUGGCAGAGCUAGAGCGGUCAGCCCACAACUACAUGAACAACCUCCUGUAUAGCAAUCCUGAUUCUCCUGAACAUCUGACCACUUCUGCUUCCACCAAGGUCAUCAUUGACAUUUCCAGCGUAGGCUUCAUCCCUCUGUAUGGAUCCGAUGAUACGUGGAAGAUCCUGGCCCUCUUUUCACCCAGUGACCCAUUCAUUGCAGUGGGUCUGUACCUGUUAGACCGCUGGUGGGCAGUGGAAGAUAUUCUCAAGACAGCAGACCCUGCUAGAGAUGGAGUUUUGGAGGUGGAGACAGUCGGGGACAGAAUAGUUUUAUACAUCCUUAAUCGUGUCAUCUAUAGAGGCAAGGAGAUGACCUCUGAUGAGCUUCCCUUCCUCUGUCAUGGGAAAAAAGAUUAUGCAAAAAUUGUCUGGAAUAAUGGAGAGGCAGUUGGCUUCUAUUCAGUCAAACCCUCAGGGACCAUAUGUAAUUCUUUCUCAGUCAGAACCUACCAGCUCUCUGUGAUGGACUCCAUAUUUGUUAGAAAAUGUCAACGUCGUAAAGGCUUUGGUCUUCAGAUGCUGGUGGACUUUGUGCUAAGUUUUAAAGAGGAGUCUUUGGGGUUGAGGUACCCCGUCACAAAAUCAAUGUAUAAAGUGUGUGAGAAGUACCUGUGUCAGUACCCAGGAGAUGCAGACCUUCUGUGGGAGGUGGAGAGCAUCGGUGGGCCCAAACAGAGGACCAACAUUGCCAGGAAGAUCAUGGCCAUAGAUAUUAGUGUAUCUAAGAGUCUCUCUUUCUCAGAGGAAUCACUUUUGACUCCUGAUGUGGCUGAAAAGGUGUUGAAAGAGACAACUGCUGUGGAAUGCUCAGUUGAAACUAUGGAGGAAGUGACUGUACUGAGAGCUACCAAAGAGAUCGACGAUGUUCCUGUUGUCAGUCAGCGUAGGAGCAGUCAUACAAAACAAAGGAUAACUGGAGAAAAGAUGAAAGAGGACAAGUCAGAAAAAACUAUCAGAAUCGAGGAAAUUGAGGCAGAAACCCCCAGAAAGGAGCGAGUUUCUGUCCAAAGAAAGACAGAACUGCAUGAUUCCCAGGAACUGGAGCAAACUGAGGUUUCGUUAAGUGUCUUUAAAGAAAAAGCAGGAGACGUAGUGGAUACUGUACCUGAAGGAGGACCAACUAUGAGGUCAAACAAACCAGCUACUGUCCUGACAUCUGGAGACCUAGCAGAAGAUCAUGUUACAUCAGCAACUAUGACUGAGGAGCAACACGUAGAAGAUGAUGCCACACAAGAUCUGAUCAAUAAGUCCCAUGACUCUCAGAUAACAGUUGAGAAUGUGGCAUCAGAAACUCAGGAAGCAGAGGUGUGUGAGAAGGAGGAAGAAGCAGACAUUCCAUUUGGAGAAGAUGCUGAGGAGAAUAUUCUGCCCGUUGAGUUAGACGAGGAAAUGAGUCGGAAAGAUGAAGAAACACCAGCAAAUGAGGAGCAGGUACAAGGUGGCUAUGAGGAAGGAAAAACAGUUAUUGAAAGCAGAGUUCUGAGAAGUGGUAAAAAGACGGUAAGAGCCACAGCGAGAAUCAAAACCACAAAAAGACAAGAUGGUGAGCAAGAAGAGGAGGCAGAUGGAGUGAACACCAAAGGAGAUAAACCAGCAGAAGAUGGAGUUUUGAGGGAGGGAAGAAGGUCUGCUGCCACAACUAGGCAACAGUCAAAACAGGCACAGGAAGAGACCACUGUAUCUGAAGAGAUACAAGUUGACAAAACCAAAGCAGUGCUGGAGGAAGCUGAAGAAAUAAAAGAAACCAGAGACAGAAAAAAUGAAGACAACAAUGAGGAAGAAGCUGCAGCCUGGAAAAAUGAAAAUCCAGAGCCAGAAGUUGAGAUUGAACAAGUAGAAGUUGUGGAAGGGGUUUCCCUCAGAGAGCAAGACACAGCGGAAGAGGAACCGUCUACUGCUUCAGUAACAUGUGCAGAUAGAGAGGAAGUGGCCUCUAUUCAGGAAUGUGCUGAAGAGACACCUGAUGAGGGAAAGGUUCCUAGUGAAGAAGACGCAGUGGCUGAUGAAACAACAACAGUGCAUCAGGCAGCAGACGAGGCAGAGGAGGAAAGUACUGCUGCUAAAGAGAUACAUAUCGCAGAAACCAAAGACAGCAUUACUGAAGAAAUAGAGGAAAAGGAUGGUGAGGAUGAUGCAUCUCAGAAAGAUGACACUGAAGACACACUGAAUACAAAUGUGGAAAACAUUAGUGAUGAGAUCGAAGCACUGGCUGUUGAAUCAAGAGUUCUUAGAGGUGGUGGGAAACUAGUUACAACCACACCAGUGAGCAAAACCACAACACGUGGUCAUAAACAAAGUGCACAAGUGGAGAUGCUAGUGGAGAAGAGUGCAGAUACAGAUGAGAUGGCAGUAGAAACAAGAAUUCUGAGGAAGGGAAGGAGGUCUGCUCCUGCCACAAGCAGAAGAAAAUCCAAAAGAGCCCGCAUACAGUGUCAGCCAGAGGAACAGAGUGAUGAAGAAACUGUUUCUGCUGAAGAGAUGGAAGGAGAGGAAGGUGAGGUAGGCCAGGAAUCACCUGAGAAGACCGGGGAGAAAGCAGAGGAAGGAGGAAAGAUAAUGGAGAUGGAGAUUAAGCCUAGUAAUGAUGCAGAACAGGGAGAAGCUGAGAGUGCACCAGGAGAAGUGGAGGACUCGAUAUUACCCAAAUCAGCCCCUGACUCAACUGUAUUUUCACUUAGUGAAGAAGAGGCAGCCCCUUCAGCAGAGGAGCAACAGAAUGAAGAAAUGGUAUGCCCUAUUUCUGGCCUCCAAGGGCUAAAUGUUGUUUUGGUGGACAUGAAAGAAAACGUUGAAGUCCACAAAGAAACAGCAGCUACUGAGGAGGCUGUUCCUGUAGAAAAGAUUGCUGAUGAGGCAGAAGAGGAGCAGAGUGAGGAAACAAUGAAACAGGAAAAAACAAUGCCAGAGGAACAAUUUCAUGAUGCCUCCAUGGAAAUAGAGAAAACUGAGAUAGUGGAGGAGGAAGGGCUGGAGGAGAAAGUGGAAGACGCAGUCAUAAUGGAAGACACAGGGGAGGGGAGUGCUGAAGAAACAGGUGGAGAAAAUAACACGAAAAGUGAUGAUGAGCAAAACUCCACAGUAAAUGAAACUGGAACACCGAGAGGCAGAAAGAAACAAAUCACGGCCCCAACAGGACAUGAAUCAGUCAGAGUUCUGAGGAGUGGAAGGAAGUCUGUCCUUGUCAUACAAACAUGUACAAGAAAAAGCACCCACAAGCAAAUCCAGAAAGAAGAAAGUGAGGAAGGAGAAGAAUCUCCAGCAGCUGAGGGAUCAGAUCCAGAGGAAGAAGAAGAGGAAGAAGCUGAACUAACUUCUGUGAUUGAUCAGGAGAAGGGAGAGAUAAUUGAAAAUGAUGCAUCCCAACAAGAAGAAAGCCCAGCAGCAGAAAUGGACAUAGAGAACAUGAAUACUGUGGCAGAAGAAACUGUCACACAAGAUGUUCCAGUGGUGGGGAAGGCUGACAGUACUGAGACAAUUACAGAUGAAGAUGCAGAGGCCUUAGUUGGAAAGGCUGAUGAGGGAAUGACCUCAGAUGUAGUUGAGAAGGAAGCAGCCACAGGACCAGAGACAGUGGAGGCAGAAGAGUCAACCUCUGAAGUGGAAGAAACAGCAGCUGGAGAAAAUUCAGAAAACAAACUGCUGACAUCAAAUGAUGACCAUAAGGAAGAAACACCAGUUAUUGAAAGCAGAGUUCUGAAAAGUGGUAAAAAGAUAGUAAGAGCCACAACGAGAAUCAAAACCACAAAAAGACAGGAUGAUGAGCAAGAAGAGGAGGCAGAUGGAGUGAACACCAAAGGAGAUAAACCAGCAGAAGAUGGAGUUGUGAGGGAGGGAAGAAGGUCUGCUGCCACAACUAGACAACAGAUGGAAGAGACCACUGUAACUGAAGAGAUACAAGUUGACAAAACCAAAGCAGUGCUGGAAGAAGCUGAAGAAAUAAAAGAAACCAGAGACAGAAAAAAUGACGACAACAAUGAGGAAGAAGCUGCAGUCCAAAAACAUGAAAAUCCAGAGCCAGAAGUUGAGAUUGAACAAGUAGAAGCUUUGGAAGGGGUUUCCCUCAGAGAGCAAGACACAGCGGAAGAGGAACAGUCUACUGCUUCAGUAACAUGUGCAGAUAGAGAGGAAGUGGCCUCUAUUCAGGAAUGUGCUGAAGAGACACCUGACGAGGGAAAAGUUCCUAGUGAAGAAGACGCAGUGGCUGAUGAAACAACAGUGCAUCAGGCAGCGGACGAGGCAGAGGAGGAAAGUACUGCAGCUAAAGAGAUACAUAUCGCAGAAACUAAAGACAGCAUUACUGAAGAAAUAGAGGAAAAGGAUGGUGAGGAUGAUGCAUCUCAGAAAGAUGACACUGAAGACACACUGAAUACAAAUGUGGAAAACGUUAGUGAUGAGAUCGAAGCACCGGCUGUUGAAUCAAGAGUUCUUAGAGGUGGUGGGAAACUAGUUACAACCACACCAGUGAGCAAAACCACAAAACGUGGUCAUAAACAAAGUGCACAAGUGGAGAUGCUAGUGGAGAAGAGUGCAGAUACAGAUGAGCUGGCGGUAGAAACAAGAAUUCUGAGGAAGGGAAGGAGGUCUGCUCCUGCCACAAGCAGAAGAAAAUCCAAAAGAGCCCGCAUACAGUGUCAGCCAGAGGAACAGAGUGAUGAAGAAACUGUUUCUGCUCAAGAGAUGGAAGGAGAGGAAGGUGAGGUAGGCCAGGAAUCACCUGAGAAGACCGGGGAGAAAGCAGAGGAAGGAGGAAAGAUAAUGGAGAUGGAGAUUAAGCCUAGUAAUGAUGCAGAGCAGAGAGAGAGUGCACCAGGAGGAGAAUAUGUUGUGGCUGAUACAGAGCAGAUGAAGGAUUCCAUGAUAGAGGAAACAGCUGUGAUUGAAGGGGACAGAGGGGACAACAGCAAGACAGAUUUGGUUGAGACUGACAUAAUCCAGAUUUCAUCAGCUGAAGUAGAAGAGACGAACUCAGUUGGGGAAGAGGGAAUCACAAACAUAGAAAAAUCUACUCCUGUGACAGAAGUGGUAUCUGACACUGCCAUUGCUGAAGAAGAGGCAGAGGAUGAAUGUGCUCAUGAGGUGGCAGAGGAAGAUGCUCCAGCUGCAACAACAAUGUCACUGAGGAGCAAAACAAACACAUCACAUCCCAGACUAACACGAAGAUCUAGAGGUCAGAAAACCCAAGAACCAGUUGAGACUAAGCCUCAGCAGAUGGAAGAGGAAAACUUAGAGGAUGUGGAAACACAAGAAGUGCCUCCAAUGACUGAUAAUUCACCAGAACAAAGAGAGCAAAAAGAGGAACAAACAGAAGCUGAGGAAAUGUCAGCUACUGGACAUGAGGCAGGCGAAGAUAUUGCAGAGUAUAUAGAUAAGGAAACAUCAGACUCCAGAGUGGUAGAGUCAUUGGGAGAUGACACUCAGUCAGUGGACAAGGAGGUAGAGGAAAAAGUGGAAUCUGAUGAAGACAAAGACAACAUGACAGAUGAUUUUUCUGACAAUCAACAUAUAAAGAAACUAAAGGAUGGCAGUGAAGAAGAAAACCUAGAAAAUGCCGUGAAAGCUGGUCAAAUGGGGAGCAUCCUCAAUUCAACAUUAGACAUAGAUGAGGAGGUAGAGACACAAAGUGUAACUCAAAAACAGGAGAAUGAUGAGCAAAAUAUGUCAGAGGAGGAAAUGGAGUCUAUAUUGAUUGGAAAGCGAGUUUUAAGAUCGAGGAUAGUUCCCUCAGUAAUAAUUACACCCCAGUCUAAAUCCAGACGCCGUAGUACUAAAGUUCAAAUAGCAGAGGAGUCUUCGUCUGAUGAAGAAACAAGCCCUCAAUCAUCUAAGAGGAGAAGUCUCCGCAAAAGAAAAAGUACUGAUGUAACACCAGCUCAUAAAUUUAAGCGAUCCAGCAGAGUUCAGGAAGUUCUACAAUAAAAUCGAAGUAGUGUGCAAUUUUGCAACAAUGCCUUUCUUAGUCUGGUAUAAGCACUAGCUUAUGGUGGCUAACACUGGCUGUUGCAAACUUUCAAUACUGUAGAUAUUACUUUGUUUUUGGUAUUAGAUUAUAUUAGAUGUCAGGACUCUUUGCUACAUCUAUUCUUGUCACACAAUAUCAUAAUAAUGCCAGUCAUUAACAGUAAAUGUUAAUGACUGGGAUUAUUAUCCUUGUAAUAUAGUCACCCUCCCCUUGUGAUGUAGUCUUGUUUUAAAGCCACUUUGUAUGAAAACCUGGUGUUAUACUUUGGCCUUUCUACAACCUUCACCAUGGACUUGACUGAGGGUCAGAACGUGUUGCUCCUGCACACACAACAACAUGCAGUAGGCAUAUUCACUCCCAAGUAGAAGCUCACAGUUCUCAGCAAUGUAACUCAGUUAUGAAUUACUGCAUCGAGAAUCAGCCCAAUGCAGGAGAAUCAGAGGCAGUUAUGGGUGACACCAAGAAAGAGUUUGUACAGGAAAGAUAAUCCAUGUCCAUUUUGUGGGCAUACUUGCUUAGUAAACACAUUACAAAACAGAACGAAGCUCAAUGCAAGUACUGCAAGGAAAAAGCAGGAAGCUACAGUCUAAAAUAUUUAAAUUUCUUGUCAUGAACCACCUCUUCUUUUCCUUUCGGCGUUUGCCUUCAGGGGUCGCCACAGCAAAUCAUCUACUUCCAUCUAACCCUAUCCUCUGCAUCUUUCUAUCUCACACCAGCUAACUUCAUGUCCUCUUUCAUGACAUCCUUAAAGCUCCUCCUUGGUCUUCAUCUUGUCAUGAAGUAACAAGAGGUGUGAAAUAGUCUUGUGGUUUGAUUGAUUUUAUUUCUGUAAAUGCUGAACAGGGGUCUGAGUCAGUGUACAUUGUAAAAAUAUUGGUUUGAAUGAUACACAUUUUGACCUUUAUUACAUUGGUGAACUGCAGUAUAGAUUUUUUUGUAAAAAGAACCAAAAGAAUGAAAAGCUAUGCUGAAAACACAGGUCUAAAUCCACAGCUUUCUGUUUAUUGUCUAGUGUGAAUAAUUUUUAAAAAGUCUAAUUUGAAGAUUGGAGAUUGAAGAUUGAUUUUGCCCACAAGUGCAUUAACUGAAAUAACUGUUACAUCAUCGCUAGUGCUGUGCAUGAAACAGUUAAGUGUGUUCUGGAGUUUGAGCUGAUUUCACCUAGUCCUAGUAUAAACUAACACAUGACCUGGAAGCUAUCAGCCCAUGAAUCAGCUCACAUCAUCAGCUCACAUCAUUGCCAUACAUAUGGGAAAGUAGUGACCUCCUCCAGAGUUUAACUCCAAUGACGUCAGCCACCUUAUUAUCUGAACAAGUGCAUCUAAAAUCGCUGGAGGAGAUUUUAGAUGCACUUUUAGAGCUCUCAAACACCUGGUAAAUGUAUUUUUAACUCAAACUAAAAUCAUUUUUAUCAGCCAAACUAAGUAGUUUUGGUGCCUAAACAUAUAUAAACAUUAAGUGAAAAAUAGCAAAUGAAUGCAAAAGUCAAAAGGAUGUUUAAGUCAAAAAAUUAAACAAUAAUUCUGGUUUGAAAUGGGACUCAAUUUCAAGUCUCCUGAAUGAAAGUCCAUUGAUUUAUGCUUCCUCCAUCUCCUCCAGUCGCCAAAUGCGGUCCUUUGUUCCUCUUAAUGAGUGCUAAAUCGCGGCUACACCACCAUCAGACGGUGUGAUAACUGCCUACUAGGACAUGGAGGAGGUUAGCUGCCUCUAUAUAUGAGAAUGAUGAUAACUGUUGAAUGGCAUGAUCAGUGAAUUGAGUAUAACUAACUGCUGCGUCAUUGUCCCUAUUCAGAGUAUGAAUAGAAGUGUGCAAAAAAUCCAAUUUCAUCAUUUCAGUGAGAUUAAAGUCAUUUACUAUGAGCACUCCACAGCCCAUCACGGUAGGAAUGAAGAUGCUUCAGCAAAAAAUACAUUGUUUUUCACUAAAAAAAGAGACUGAACUGGCGCAAUUUAAUGCCAUUUGGGAAUACACUCCUUUCACCUACCGAUCACAAACACAUUCCUUGUUUUCUCACACACCAUCAAGACAGGAGGACAAAAUGAUUGCUUUGGUAAUAACUUUCCAGAAUUGUAAAAUCCAUGAUUAGAAAUUAUGUGUCAUGUUUUAUCUGAUAAUCCUAAAUUGGCUUAGCCUUCUUUCGAAAUGUACUCAGAUAUCCAUUAGAAGUUUAAAGUCAUUGUAUUUUUAACCCACAUAUUUGUGCAGUUAUGGUUCUCUGCUGUUAUAAAGUCUACCUGAGUCAAAGGAACAUGUUUUAGGGCUGGACAUCCAUUCAUCUAAGAUCCAUCUGCAACUGCAUACUUACUAAGGAUUUUUGGAAAAUGUUUAUACCUCUCUGUAUUUGAAUUUCAACUGUAUUUGUGUUUUAAAACAUAAAUUUGAUUAAUCGCUGACUGAGCUUUGUGUUGUACUGUGUUCUACAGUCAAAUGCAUGUAGAGGUGAAAAAAACUGAAUGGGACCACAUUGGAUUUCUUCUGUUGAUUUCUUUCUUAAAAAGUCAUAAUUCACACUUUAAUAAUCAUUCUUACAAAUGGUAAAUUAAUAUUUUAUAAUAUAAAUAUUGUCUUAUAGUUCUUUAAAAUAUAUAUACUUUCCAUGGUUCCCGAUGUGACAUUUUUUAAAAUAUUUUUUUGUUAGAGAAAUCAGACCAAACAUAUAUUUUAUUGGGAUGUAUUGUACCUGGAACACUAUUAUAUAUUUUGGUAUUUUUUUUUUACUCGGACAUACAAAUACAAGUGAUGUGAGAUAACACGCUUUUAUCUUUUUUAAAACUGUGAAAUGUUCAAACUGAAUUUUAAUAUAUUAAAGAGCCACAGUAGUGUACUUUGACUUAAAAAACAAAACAAAACCAAAAAAACAUGCUCUUUCUUUGCAACUAUAUAUAGCAGAACUUAUAGUCUUCUUUGUAAUUUAGUACUGACUUCUCUUUUGAUAUACACUUACAAAUUUUAACCAAGGUCUUUGGGUGUUCAUGUGUAUCUUGCACGUAGUGAUGUCUCGUGCUACACUUUUGACUUAAGCUUCUAAUAAUAUUCUGUAGCCAAUGUCUUAAUUUAUGUUUAUCAAAAUCUUAACCCUUUUCUAAUAGUGUGGUAUUUUUGACAGCAAUAUACAUUGCAUCAUUUAUGUCAGUUUAAGUGUUGAUUUCAUUGCUUGUAUAAUGUGGAGCAUAACAUUAAUUUAGUUACACGAUAGGAAACUAGAGUCUUUCUUGAAUGUAUUUGUGCUUAAUAGCAGUUGGUAUUUAAGCCAGAAACCUUCAGCAGUCAUUUAAAGUCUUGACACUUAUUUUUCUUGUAACUGUGGAAUAUCCUAUGUCUGUAAAAAAAUAUAUUUUUGUGGCAAAUAAACAUUUCUGAGGAUGA